CUAAAUUCAUUCAUAAUUUUUUUCUAUCGUAUCAUUAUUAUUUUUAUCUUGUUGAAUCGUUCCUCUCCCACUCUUAAUGGCGAAAGAAGGAACGUUUGAAACUAUAAAUGCAAAAAUAAAAUAUUCUUGAAACUAUAAAUGCAAAAAUAAAAUAGAAUAUUUGUUUCUCUCUCAUUCGUUCUCAAAAAAAAUAAAAAAAAAACCUAUUUACGGCGCAAAUUCCAAGAGGACUUCAUUGGACUUUCUUCUUCUUCUUCUUCUUCUUCUUCUUCGUUUCUCAGGUACUGCUGCGGGUGUUUUGGCAGCUGAACUUAGUUUUUGCUUGCUGAAAAUUGAGAAACAAAGACUCUGCUUGAUAAAUUGGAGACUAUAGUUAAAAAUGUCAUCAGUAAGCAAGGCUGAUAGGAAAGCAGCUCUAGAUGUGGCCUCAUGGUUUUUCAAUGUUGUCACGUCUGUGGGUAUAAUCAUGGUCAAUAAAGCCUUGAUGGCUACAUAUGGCUUCAGUUUUGCUACAACAUUAACGGGUUUGCAUUUUGCCACAACAACCUUGUUGACUUUUCUUCUUAGAUGGCUGGGUUACAUACAGGACUCUUAUCUACCAUUAUCCGAUCUUCUCAAGUUUGUCUUGUUUGCAAACUUUUCUAUUGUUGGAAUGAAUGUGAGUUUGAUGUGGAAUUCUGUGGGCUUCUAUCAGAUAGCAAAGCUGAGCAUGAUUCCAGUAUCUUGCUUUCUGGAAGUUGUUUUUGACAAGGUCCGCUAUUCGAGGGAUACGAAGCUUAGCAUAGUAGUAGUUCUCCUUGGAGUUGCUGUCUGUACUGUUACAGAUGUCAGUGUUAAUGUCAAGGGUUUUGUAGCUGCUGUAAUAGCAGUCUGCAGCACAGCUCUCCAGCAGUACUAUGUACAUUUUCUUCAACGCAAGCAUUCUUUAGGAUCUUUCGACUUAUUGGGACAUACUGCUCCAGUACAAGCUGCAAGCCUGCUGUUAGCUGGUCCUUUUGUGGACUACUGGUUAACAGAGAAAAAGGUUUAUGCCUAUAACUACACUGUGAUAUCAACGUUUUUCAUAAUCCUGUCAUGCACCAUUGCCGUGGGGACCAACCUCAGCCAGUUCAUCUGCAUUGGCAGGUUUACGGCUGUAUCAUUCCAAGUGCUUGGCCAUAUGAAGACUAUUCUUGUCCUGAUUUUAGGGUUCAUUUUCUUCGGGAAAGAAGGUCUUAAUUUACAUGUAAUUCUGGGUAUGGUCAUCGCAGUAGCGGGAAUGGUCUGGUAUGGUAAUGCUUCCUCCAAGCCAGGAGGAAAGGAGCGUCGGAUUUAUUCAACUUUAAGCAACAAAUCACAAAAACAGGACGAGUUAUCAGAUUCUAACGAGAUAGACGAGAAGGUUUAAAAAUUCAAUUACAGGUUUAACAAAGUAAAAGGAAAUGAUAUUGAUAUAUAUAUAUAUAGAGAGAGAGAGAGAGAGAAACUCAGCCAUUUAAAAUUAGCGGAUUUCAGGAAUCUAUUUAAACGUAGAGGAUCCAAAUUAUUACUAUUUUUUUUUCACACAUCAUGGUUAAUCAUUUCCUCGUUUAAUUUAUUCAGGUGAAACGUUGCUGCUGAUAGAGGGAGCAAAUUCCCUGUAAAACAAGCAUAUUUUUACCCCUCUAAUGAUAUUGCUUGUAUUAAUUUAUUUCCUUGCUUUUUAAUCUAUGUUUUAUCUUAUCUAGACAAUUAGAGCCAGGCUUAUUUUACCUUGUCCUUUGAUCCAAUAAUUCAGGUAGCCCCACCUGGGGGUUGAUUGAAGUGCAGCAUCGGGGUUCUUCUCUUGGCUUUCCCUCGAUAAAUUGCUGUUGCAUGUUAGGCAUGCAACAAAUAAAUUCCAGGCUUUUUUCAGUAUCGAUACUUUGGGCUAACAGAUGAGGGUACAUCUAUAUCCUAUUCGUUAAGUGUCAAAAGGCGUUUAAAAUAAAAAAAA